UGACUGCAGUGGGGGGCGCUCCAAAAAUUCCAAAAUGUGGCGCACUGAUUCGUCAAACGGCAAACUCCAACGUCCGAACGUUUUGGAACGUGGCACUCCAGCCUCUGAAUAGGUGUCAGCAUUUCCUGCUACCUACAUUCAGCGCACUGCUCACGCCGACUAUCGCAAAGGAUUUCCUGCACGGCAGCCAUUUUAGGUGUACGGCUGCUGCCUCCAGGAAGCCGAGACGAGCAUCCCUCUGCACUCUCCUUUCAGGACCAGGGACAAAAUCUGCUCUGCGCAUGCGCCGAGUGGAAAGCGUGGAGAGCCAUCGCCUGCCUUCUUUUUUUUUUCCUUGGGUCCCUGCCCUCCCUCCCCCUCGCAUCCGCAGCAGGGACUGGCCAAUAAAAGCACGUCAGCAUCGACGCGGGCUCGGCGCAGGCGGAGGACGCGCAGUGUGGAGGGGCAAUCGUCUCUCAGCUGCUCUCGCACUGCUCACCGAGGGCAACCUGGGCCUCUGCACCGACCCGACCCCGGCUUCCAUUCACACUCCGGCCGCACUCGAGGUGAGGAGGGAGGGGGGGGACCUAAUUCGGAAGGUCAGGCUCCUAAGUAGGAAGGUCAGCGCCACAAGAGCAAAAUGUUAGAUCCGUCGUCCAGCGAGGAGGAGUCUGACGGGAUAGUGGAGGAGGAGAGCAAGGAAGUGAUGGCCCCCCAGGCCGGAUCCCGCAUCUCCCCGAGCAGGACCAGCGAGAGCUCCGGCGGCUUGGCGCCCAGCAGCGGCCGCAGCAGCGCCCGCCCGACCAGCCCGAGCCCGUCGGCUGCCAGCGAGGAGAAGGACGACCUGGAGAAGCUGCAGCGGGAGGAAGAGGAGCGCAAGAAGAAGCUGCAGCUCUAUGUGUUUGUCAUGCGAUGCGUCGCCUAUCCGUUCAAUGCCAAGCAGCCCACAGACAUGGCGAGGCGACAACAGAAGAUAACCAAACAGCAGCUUCAGCAGACCAAGGAUCGCUUUCAGGCCUUCCUGAACGGAGACACGCAAAUUGUAGCUGAUGAAGCCUUCAUCAACGCCGUGCAGAGCUACUAUGAGGUGUUCUUAAAGAGCGACCGUGUGGCUAAAAUGGUCCAGAGCGGCGGCUUCUCGGCGAGCGACUUCAGGGACGUGUUCAAGAGGCACAUCGAGAAACGCGUGCGUAGCCUCCCGGAGAUCGACGGCCUGAGCAAAGAGACGGUUCUGAGCUCCUGGAUGGCCAAAUUCGACACGAUCUACCGCGGGGACGAGGAUCCGCGCAAGGCGCAGCAACGCAUGACUGCCAGCGCUGCCUCCGAGCUCAUCUUGAGCAAGGACCAGCUGUACGAGAUGUUCCAGAAUAUCCUGGGUAUCAAAAAGUUUGAGCACCAACUGCUUUACCAAGCUUGUCAGCUGGACAACUUGGACGAGCAGGCUGCGCAGAUCAGAAGAGAGCUGGAUGGUCGUCUUCAGAUGGCCGACCAGAUUGCACGGGGAGGGAGGUUCCCCAAGUUUGUAUCAAAAGACAUGGAAGCCAUGUUCAUUGAGGAACUCAAGUCUUCAGUGAACCAGCUGAUGGCCAAUCUGGAGAGCAUGCCUGUGUCCAAAGGUGGCGAGUUCAAGCUCCAGAAGCUGAAGCGAGGACACAACACCUCCAUCAUCGACAUGGGCCAGGAGGAUGAAAACACGCUGUCCAAGUCUGAUGUGGUCCUGUCCUUCACUUUGGAGGUGGUGAUCAUGGAGGUGCAGGGCCUGAAGUCUCUGGCCCCCAACAGGAUUGUGUACUGCACCAUGGAAGUGGAGGGAGGGGAAAAGCUUCAGACUGACCAAGCGGAAGCAUCCAAGCCAACCUGGGGCACCCAGGGCGACUUCACCACCACACACCCUCUGCCUGCUGUCAAGGUGAAACUGUUCACCGAGAGCACCGGAGUUCUGGCACUGGAGGACAAAGAGCUGGGCAGGGUUGUUCUACACCCGACUCCCAACAGCCCCAAGCAGUCUGAGCUCCACAAAAUGACCUUGACCAAAGCUUGCCCCGACCAAGACCUCAGGAUCAAACUCGCCAUUCGCAUGGACAAACCGCAAAAUAUGAAGCACUGCGGGUAUAUGUGGGCUUUUGGGAAGAAUGUCUGGAAGCGCUGGAAGAAGCGUUUCUUUGUUCUUGUGCAGGUGAGUCAGUACACGUUCGCCAUGUGCAGCUACAGAGAGAAAAAGUCAGAACCACAAGAGCUCCUCCAACUGGACGGCUACACUGUGGACUACAGUGACCCGCAGCCAGGCUUGGACGGCGGAAGGGCUUUCUUCAACGCUGUGAAGGAGGGCGACACUGUGAUUUUCGCCAGCGACGACGAGCAAGACCGCAUCCUGUGGGUCCAGGCCAUGUAUCGCGCCACCGGCCAGUCCCACAAGCCUGUCCCACCCACUCAGGUCCAGAAACUUAACUCUAAAGGGGGUGCCGCGGCCCAAAUGGAUGCUCCCAUCUCUCAGUUCUACGCUGACAGAGCUCAGAAACACGGCAUGGAUGAGUUUAUCUCGGCUAACCCGUGUAGCUUUGACCACGCCUCGCUUUUCGAGAUGGUGCAACGGCUCACCUUGGACCACAGGCUCAACGACACCUUCUGCUGUUUGGGAUGGUUCAGCCCGGGCCAGGUCUUCGUCCUGGACGAAUACUGCGCCAGGAACGGCGUCCGAGGUUGCCACAGGCAUCUGUGUUACCUGCGCGACCUGCUGGAGAGGGCGGAGAGCGGCGCCAUUAUCGACCCCACUCUUCUGCACUACAGCUUUGCGUUUUGUGCCUCCCACGUGCACGGGAACAGAGAGGGCCGCAGUUACUGGGGGCCGAUGGGCUACGAGGCCCUAACGAGCCCACAGAGCUCCCAAAUGGCAAACCCCGACACUGGCUCGAAACGAGCGCACCUCAUAUUCAAGUUUAGAAAGAGAAAGGAUUCCAAAGUCUCUCAAGAGCACUACAGGCCAGACGGGCUGAGCACCGUUAAAGUGGACGAGAAGGAGCGAUUUGAGGACAUCAAAGAGCGGUUGCGCGUCAUCCUGGAAAGCCAGAUUGUAAAUUUCAGAUAUUGUUUCCCCUUUGGCCGUCCAGAAGGUGCACUGAAGGCCACUUUAUCUUUGCUGGAGAGGGUCCUGAUGAAGGACAUUGUGACACCUGUCCCUCCAGAAGAAGUGAAAGGCGUCAUCCGCAGAUGUUUGGAGCAGGCUGCGAACCUCAACUACCAACGGAUUAAAGACUACGCGAAAAUUGAAGAGAAUGUAGGCCGCUUAGUCACACCUGCCAAAAGGCUGGAGGAAACCAUUCGCCUGGCGGAGUUAGUCAUUGAGGUCCUCCAGCAGAACCAAGAGCACCACGCUGAGGCGGCAGUCACAAGUUCUGCAGAUCAAUCGGCAUUCGCGUGGUGGACUGACCUGAUGGUGGAGCAUGCCGAAAACUUCUUGGCCCUGUACGCCGUCGACAUGGACGCCGCUCUGGAGAUCCAGUCGCCCGAGAGCUGGGACAGUUUCCCCCUCUUCCAGCUUCUCAACGAUUUCCUCCGGACAGACUAUCAUCUGUGCAAUGGAAAAUUCCACAAGCACCUUCAGGAUCUGUACGCUCCCCUGGUGGUUAGAUAUGUGGACCUGAUGGAGUCCUCCAUCGCGCAGUCAAUUCACAAGGGCUUUGAGCGGGAGUCCUGGGAACCUGUAAAGAGUUUAACAAGUAAUCUGCCCAAUGUGAAUCUACCAAAUGUCAACCUCCAAAUUCCCAAAGUACCAAAUCUGCCAGUUCCAGUAGCGGGACUGUCAGUUAACCUUCCGCAAAUGCCUAGCUUUUCAACCCCGUCCUGGAUGGCUGCUAUAUAUGACUCUGACAACGGCUCCGGGACGUCCGAAGACCUGUUCUGGAAGCUGGACGCCCUCCAGACCUUCAUCCGGGACCUCCACUGGCCCGAGGAGGAGUUCGCCAAACACCUCGAGAGCCGCAUCAAGCUCAUGUCGAGCAACAUGAUCGAGAACUGCGUCAAGCGCACCAGGAUGGCGUUCGAGUCCAAAGUGGCAAAGAGCAGCAAGUCAACAGAUUUCCGCAUUUCUCCGACAUUAUGCACCAUGUUCAAUGUCAUGGUGGACGCAAAGGACCAGUCGGCCAAACUGUGCGCGAUGGAGAUGGGCCAGGAGGUGAACAAGGAAAAAAACAAAAAACAGUUUGCCUCCCAAAUCGACGAACUGAUUGAGGAAAGCGUGCGGGACAUGAUUCAGCUCCUGGUUGCAAAGUUUGUUGCCAUUCUGGAAGGAGUUUUGGCCAAGAUAUCCAGAUACGAUGAAGGCACGCUGUUCUCCUCUUUCCUCUCGUUCACGGUGAAAGCUGCCUCCAAGUACGUGGACGUCCCUAAACCCGGCAUGGACGUGGCCGACGGCUACGUGACCUUUGUCCGCCACUCUCAAGACAUGCUGCGUGAUAAGGUCAAUGAGGAGGUGUAUAUAGAAAGGUUAUUUGAUCAAUGGUACACCGCCACCAUGAACCUGCUGGGCACUUGGCUCACCGAGCGCAUGGACCAGCAGCUGCACGUCUACCAGCUCAAGAUCCUCAUCAGGAUCACCAAGAAAAAGUACCGCGACUUCCGCCUGCAGGGCGUCCUGGACUCGACCCUGAACAGCAAGAUGUACGACACGGUGCGCAACCGGCUGACGUUGGAGGAGGCCACGGCCUCGGUGCGGGAAGGGGGCAUGCAGGGCAUCUCCAUGAAAGACAGCGACGAAGAGGACGAGGACGACGACUAGAGCCCACCCGCCCCCACCUCACCCGAAACGCCCGCCCGCCCCACUCCCCGCCCUCUUAAAUCACACUUUUGACUUUAGCCUGGUUAACCGAUGCAUGUACCAACUCAAGAUAGCCACUCUAGGACCUCUUUGUCAGCUCGAAAUGCCUACGAAGGAACUAUAAACUAAUAAUAGUAAUAACAAUGAAAAAAAAAAUAGUGCUUAUACUGAGGAAACAAGAUAAAAUUAAAAAAGAAAAAAAAAGAAAAAAAAAAAACGAAACAACUGAUUGGCAGUUUAGCUGUGUCAUACUAAAGAUAGCACCGACUCAUUCAUUUCGAAAUUCAUUUCUGUGUUACUAAGCAAUAUGGAGAAGCAUUUGUUGGAGUGAGAUAAAUAAAUAGUGUGUCGCCCGUCCAACGCAAACUACGUGCAUAUAUGGCGCUUCUUUGUCGUACUCUCCAUUCAUCCAUCCAUCCAUCCAUCCAUCCAUUCAUUCAUUCAUUCACGGUACGUUGUCGUGACGAUGAGCGAUGUGCGCGGAGACUUUUUCUUUGUCCGUUUUCAAGCGAACGCCAACCGCUUUUUUUUUUUUUUUUUUUUUGGGCGAAGU